AUGGAGGAUGUACAGCGUUCGCAACCGGUUUUGACUGGUGGGAAUACGCAGGAAUUGGUUCUGGGGGCGGCACGCCGCCUAUCGGUGGGGAACCGCCGGGACAGUGGUGUUCUUCCGCGACCGCCGCCGAGGGGGGAGCCGUCGACUUCCUUCCAACCGGGGACGGAAACGGGCCCAAUCGACCCUCUCACCCAGGGUUUCGAUCGGAUUAUGGCGCGAUUUGAUCAAUUGGAGGUACGGGUGGACGGUCUGGAGUUGUCGCAUAGGCGCGAUAUUGAUUCCCCCGACGAUGACUACGAUUCAGACGAGCGGGAUUUUGCGGAGUAUAGGGCGACGGAAUAUGGCCAGCGUGACCCGCGCCGCCGUUCGCUAGAGUUCCGCGAUAGGAGGGGUGCGCGAGGGGGGCGACGGGGUGCCUUCGCACGCCGGGAUGACCCGCGAAGGGGGGGUGAUUGGCAGUAUGAAGGGGUUGUGGAUAAUAGAAUGGUGCCAUAUCAACCUCGGCGUCUAUCACACUGGGACCCACCAGCAACGCGUCACCGCGGAGGGCGUGAUCAGCGUCGCCGCCCGUCCUGCUGGGAUCCGCCAAUGCCGAGAGAUAGGGGUCAGUCCCACUAUGGGUCUGAUUUUCAUCAUGGGGUCAAGAUGCGCGCCCCGCAUUUUGAUGGGUCGGAUGCCACAAAUUGGAUUUCCCGUGUUGAAUAUUACUUUGACCACAUAAUGAUGCCCGAAGAGGAUCGGCUUCACUACGCAGUGAUGCUCUUCGACCCGCCUGCAGCGGAGUGGAUAUUUAAUUACAGAAACAACAACCGAUACGUGACGUGGCCAGAAUUCUUGGAAGAUGUCCGCCACAGGUUCGAUCCGCAGAGCUUCCGGAAUUACAUCGGCCCUUUAGCCAAAUUGGUGCAGACGGGAACGGUGUCGGAGUAUCACGACAAGUUUGAGAAGUAUUUGAACCGGGUGGAAGGGGUGCCGGAUUAUAUUUUAAUCCCGGUAUUCAUCGAGGGCCUGAAAAUGCCCAUUCAGGAGAAGGUGGAGUUACAACAACCACAGUCAUUGGCCGAGGCCAUGGCCCUGGCCUUGCGUUUGGCGGCGAAUCAGGAGCAUCGAUAUCAACAGCCGCCGGCGUCACAGCGAAGACAGUGGCCGAGCAAGGAGCAACGCCCGCAGACCUUGCCCUCUGCCGCGCCGGAGAUUGGUCCUUCACAGGGACCGAGAGGGGGCAAGCAGCCCCAGGACCUGGACCGACCCCGUUUUACUCCGGUCCGGGUGUCUAAUGCGGAGAAAUCAGAGCGAUCGCGCAAGGGUUUGUGCUGGCACUGCCCGGAGAAGUAUGCGCCGGGCCAUGUUUGCACGACUAGAUUGUUAUGCUAUGUGGGGGACGACGAGUGGGAGGAAUCAGGCCAAGAACAGGACAGCCCGCCUACUGAUGAGGCUCUGAUCACGGAAGACAUAUCUCACCUCCAUUCCCUCACCGGGGGAAAUCGGUCAGUCCCGUUCCAAGUGAUAGGAGAGCUCGGGGUGACACGAGUCCGAAUUCUGAUUGAUACAGGGAGCACUCAUAAUUUCCUCCAUUCCCGGUUCGCAGAGAAUUUGCAGUUACAAUUAUCUCGAAUCCGACCCUUCCGCGUGUACGUGGGGAACGGCGCCUCACUUGUAUGUUCCCAUAUCUCACGGCGAACUAAAUUAUCCAUACAAGGGACGGACUUUUUGACAGAUUUGCAUAUCCUAGAUGUCCAUGGAUGGGACGUGAUCCUGGGGAUGGAUUGGUUGGAGUCGUUGGGCCGGAUAUCCGCUGAUUUUGUUGGGAAGACAUUGGAGUUUCAACGGGAUAACAAGGCUGUGGUUUUACAGGGUCGCAGACCAGGGCCGCAUAAGAUUUCGCUACAGUCCCUGGCUCUGCUAGCAUCGUUUUCCUCGGACCAUGAAUACUAUGAAAUUGUCGCCUUGGACCCGGACGACGGAGCUUCAUCCGGCGCAGUCACCGACGACCAAUUUCCGGCAGACCUACCGACCGACUGUCGUCGGGUCCUUAAGGCUCAUAAGGGUGUUUUUGAACUGCCGGUUGGAAUGCCCCUGCCCAGGGCGUUUGACCACCGUAUACACCUACUGCCGGGGUCGAAACCGGUCAACGUUCGUCCUUACCGGUAUCCCUACUUCCAAAAGAACGAAAUAGAACGGCAAGUGAAGGAGAUGUUAUCUCAAGGCAUAAUUCAGAGAAGCCAGAGUCCUUUUUCUUCUCCGGUAUUGUUGAUUAGGAAGAAGGACGGUACUUUUCGGUUCUGCAUAGAUUACCGUGCCCUGAAUAUGGCCACGGUUUCUGACCAGUUUCCGAUCCCCACUGCCGACGAACUUUUUGAUGAAUUGGGAGGUGCAAAGUUUUUCACAAAGCUUGAUCUACGGUCGGGAUACCACCAGAUUCGAAUGCACGACGCGGAUAUUUUCAAGACGGCUUUCCGGACACAUGAUGGGCAUUUUGAGUUCUUGGUAAUGCCAUUCGGCCUUACGAACGCCCCGUCCACCUUUCAGGCGGCAAUGAAUACAAUCUUCCAACCACUGCUGCGGCGUUGCGUAAUUGUUUUCUUUGAUGACAUAUUGGUGUACAGCCCCACGCUUGACUCCCAUUGCGAGCACUUGUCAGAGGUACUAUCGCUCCUUAGCAAAAAUCAAUUCUAUGUCAAGUUAUCGAAGUGUUCUUUUUGCUGCACGACUGUCGAGUACCUUGGGCAUUUAAUUGCAGAUGGGACGCUGAAAGCAGACCCCCGAAAAAUAGAGGCUAUGACAGCUUGGCCUCUACCACGUAACGUGCGGCAACUCCGGGGUUUCUUGGGCCUAACAGGAUAUUACAGACGAAUUACUCAAGAAAGAGGCGUUCCUAUGGACAGAGGCAGCGACCGCGGCGUUCCACGCCUUAAAAACAGCGAUGACGACAACCCCGGUUUUACGCCUCCCGGAUUUCUCCAAGACCUUCUAUGUAGAAACGGAUGCUUCAGACACAGGGAUAGGGGCGGUCUUAAUUCAGGAGGGUCAUCCAAUCGCCUAUUUCAGCCGCAAGUUGGCCCCCGUCGCAGAGUCGCGUCGACGUACCAUAAGGAGUUGUAUGCUAUAGUCGAGGCAGUCCAGAAAUGGCGUCAGUAUUUACUGGGCCGGGAAUUUGUCAUUCGCAGCGACCAAAAGAGUCUAAAGGAGCUGCUUCAGCAGGUGGUCCAGACCCCGGACCAACAGUUAUACGUACGGAAGUUGAUGGGAUACAGUUUUCGAAUCGAAUAUAAGAAGGGAGCGUUAAAUCGAGCAGCGGAUGCGCUGUCUCGACGGGAGGAGAUGGACCCUCAUCAGCAGGUCCCGGCGGAGGUGGCAGAUGAGGCGCCUGAUAUGGGCGAUCCCGCGGUGGAUGCGGCGUGUCUGGCCGCCGUCGCCCACCCCAUUCCCAAAUUGUUGGAAGCCUUGAAGCAGGAAACGGCGUCCCUCCCGGAUUUGGUACAGCUCACGGCACAAAUAGCCUCCGGCGAGGCACCUUCCCAUUUCUCCAUCGCGGAUGGUUUGAUAUAUUAUCAUAGGCGGAUUUUGGUUAGCCAGUCGUCCAAAGUGAAAAGGCUGUUACUGGACGAGCAUCACAGUACGCCCAUGGCGGGCCACCCCGGGCAUGAACGCACGUUCCGCCUACUGGCCGCGGGAUUUUAUUGGCCAAAGAUGAGAAAGGAAGUCCGAGACUUUGUCGAUGCGUGCGCGGUGUGUCAAUCGACCAAAUACUCGACGCAAAAGCCGGCAGGCCUGCUGCAGCCGUUACCCGUCCCUUCACAGGUUUGGGACGACGUCUCCAUGGAUUUCAUCACGGGCCUUCCGCAAUCCCGGGGAUACACGACGAUUAUGGUGGUGGUCGAUCGACUCUCCAAGUACGCACACUUCGCGCCGCUGCCCACCCGUUUCGACGCUCUUCGGGUAGCCCAUCUGUUUGUUAACACAGUUGUACGCCAUCACGGUUUUCCGAAGACGCUGGUUUCGGACAGGGACUCGGUGUUUCUUAACGCAAUUUGGGAGGAGAUUUUGCGGCUUAGCGGGACCAAAUUGAACUUCACUACCGCAUAUCACCCCCAAUCGGACGGCCAGACCGAGAUUCGUAACAAGGGACUGGAGCAGUACUUACGAGCAUUCACGUCAGACAGGCCCUCUACGUGGUCGAAUUUCCUCCCGUGGGCGGAAUUAGCUCUAAAUUGUUUCCACCACGCAGGCCUAGGUACCACCCCUUUUAAGGCGUUGUAUGGGCGGGAGCCUCCCUUGUUGGUGGCGGCGGUCCCGUCGGCAAAGACCCCUCCAUGCGUCGCAGAUUUGAUCAAGCAGCGGGGUGAACUGCUCGUGGACUUGCGCAAGAAUUUAGCUCGCGCUCAGCAGCGGAUGACGGCGUCGGCGAACAGACAUCGGCGACACAUCGAGUUUGAGGUGGGUAGUUUUGUUUGGUUGAAAUUGCAGCCGUAUCGCCAACAUUCGGUCGCCAAACCCCUCUCCGCGAAGCUUGCUAAGCGUUUCUACGGCCCUUUCGAAGUGGUCGAACGAAUAGGGCCGGUGGCGUACAAACUCCGGUUACCGGAAGGAAGUCGCGUUCACAAUGUGUUCCACGUGAGCCUCCUACGCGCCUUCGUGAAGGACGAUCCCAUCGUGCCACUCCCUGAUGAUUUCGUCGGCAAUCGGCCCCUGGCCCUUCCAGUAGCUAUACUCGACUCAAAGAUAUUAUGGCACAAGGGAGCGGCGGUGGAGCACGUCCUAGUAAGAUGGUCAGACGGGACGGAUUCUCUCUCUUGGGAGCCGUUGACAGACAUGCGGAUGAGGUACCCUACACUUUCCCUUGAGGACAAGGGAGUUUCUAAGGACGGGGGAGUUGUUAGGCCCUCAUCAGGAUCACAGGUAACAGAGGGCAACGCCAACGGAGACACGACGGAGUCGCCUGCUUCGCCGGCGUUACAGAGUGAAGAGCAGAGUGAAGAAGAGCCUGCUCCGGCCGAGGAGCUGGAGAAACCACCGGAGAACGACACGGCGAGGAAGUUGAGGCCGAGGAGGGAAAUCAAGCAGCCGGAGCGCUACCAUGACUUCGUCACCAAGUAG